AUGGCAGGACGCGAGCGGAUCGAAGACCCUGGUGCUGCCACGUCAGCCUCCAUGAAUCGACCUGGGCGAUCAUGCGUGGUAGUGAGGGAUCUGACCGGGUCGCACGUGACAUUGGAGGCGACGUGCGACAUGCGAGUGGGCGAUGCGAAGCGAGUCGCUGCUGGAGCAACGAACAAGGACGCGUCCCUUAAACAUGCCAUCUUCCAUAAAGGAUCUCGCCUCAAGGACUCCACCCGAUUGGUCGACAUUCCCGGCCUCCUCCAGCCUGGAUCUGCCACGUCAGCAUCUGCCAGCGCUUUGACGCCAGGGACCCCAUCUAUCCGUGCUGGCAGCUCCACCCCCAUGAAUGGCGGUUUCCAUGGCGAGCCUCAUGCUUCUUCUGGCGCUGACCCCAAAGUCUGUGGCUCUGAGUCUGCACCCGCAGACGCUUUCCUGGUUCUGAUGAGCUUUCAGCGCAAGGAGCAGCGCCAGAUGGGUCCUGUGCUGUCGUCGCAGCACGGGGGAACGCCGCGCUGUGCCGCUGCUGCCACGUCAUUGACUGGUCCACGUGGCACCGGCACAGCCGUUGGGUCUCCUCGCCUUCCGAAUUCUAUCCCGUUUUCGCCAUCUGCUCAUCCCCCACCUCCUUGCAUUAUUCCAUCUAAUCAGCGAUUUUCUCCAAAUGGCAGAGCUCAGAGUAACGCUGUUGCUGCAAACAAGGGAUGUGCAGUAGAUGUGGUGGAGCAGCGGGUCAGUAGCAACCCUCCUGAACCGACUGCACCAAGGAAGGAUGGCGGGGUGCGGCGGACUGAGUCUACUGAGAUUGAUAAUGGCAGUCAGACGAUGAAGGAUUAUCUUCUGUCGGGUGCAGCCUGCAGCAGAGAAGGUCUGGCAUCCGCUCGUUCGGCGUCGGCCCCACCAUCUCCUCCACCGGAGGGAGUACCAGUGCUGGGACGGCCAUCAGCAUCGCCACCAGCGCCAGCAGCACCGCCACCAUUGCCAGAAUUGCCACGACUGCCGCCAUCACCAGCAGCAUUACCAACCCCUGCAGCACCAAUCUGGCCCGCCUCCCCUCCUCGCUACCUGCCCUUCCAUGCUGCUCGUACACGUCAGCUCGGUUCACCUAGCACUGACGUGGCCAAGGGUACGGUGGCAAGGGAUUGUGGGGAGCAUGCUAGCAGUGGGAGACAACAAGGCAUAGGGACAGUGGGGCAUACAGCAACCCGUGCAGGCAUUGGGAAUGGCGUUACUGACGUAAGGGAUGGUACUAUUAACACAAAGAAUGGACGUAUGGACAAAGGGAAUGGUGGUACUGACCUCAUGGAUGGGUCAAGCAUGGGGGUUGAUAAUGACAUGGAGAAGGGCGGUAUGGGGAGUAAGGUGGAGAGGCGAGUGGGGCGGAAGAGAAAGGCAGAGAGGGAGGAAGAGCAGGCAGCAGGCAGGGCGGGGUUGCCUCACAGCGUUUCCGUAUUGGACAGCAAGUUUGGGCUGCUCGCUGCAGUGUACGGGUUCUUGGAACAGCGGACAGUCAAGGCCACGUGGAAGCGGCUGGAGGUCGCAUUGAAGGACCUUGGGAGCAGCGCCGAGGGCGAAGCCGUUGCUCUGCAAGACAUCAGGGACAUGGCAGCACUGGCCCCUUCGGUGAUUUGGACGUGGGAAGAGGAAGACGAGGAGGAGGACGAGGAAGGGAAAGUGGGGGGAAAGGUUGAGCCAGUGGAGGCAGGAAGAGGGAGUGAUGGGGAGGAAGUGAGUGAGGGGAGUGAGGGGAGUGAAGGGUGUUCAAGUCAUGCGCGGGAGAAGGGAGCUGGCAGCUGCAGAGAUGAAAGGGACCGAGGAGGAAGGGGAAGACAGGGUGGAAAACGGGAGGAGGGCGGAGUUGACGAGGGGCGAGAAGAUCAGAGAAGGAGAUGGGGGAAAGCACCUGUAACGGGAGGGGAGAAGGGGAGAGGAGAUGGAGGUGCGCUGGUUGUGGUGGUGGGCAUGUGGGACCCGUCUCGACCGCCAGAGCAGAAGAUCAAGCGGGGAGGCAUGCUGCUGCAAGGCACACAGCAGCGAACGCCGCGUCGCAGUGGUGUGAGGCUCGCAGACAAGAGGAGAGCCGCCUUCCACUCGGCACUCACUGCAGCCCUCCACCGCAUUCACGCUGACUUCCUCGCCCACGUUCUCCCUCCUGCGCCUCUGUCACUUUCCCAUCCCGCAAUUUUCCCUCCAGGCACACAGCAACGCACGCCGCGUCGCAGUGCUGUCAGGCUGGCAGACAAGAGGAGAGCCGCCUUCCACUCGGCACUCACUGCAGCCCUCCACCGCAUUCACGCUGACUUCCUCGCUCACGUUCUCCCUCCUGCACCUCAGUCGCAUCCCGCAUCGCAAACCCACCCAUCUGUGCCACAGUCGCGCCGUUCGGCCUCUCCUGUGGCCGCGGCUUCUGGCCAGGGCUUGCGAGGAGAGGAGAGCCAACACGGGGCAGCUGGUGCAGGGAAGGUGGGGAGCGAGGCGGUGCCGGGGGAGGGCGAGGACAAGGAUGAGGAUGGGGACGAGGAUGCGGGCAGUACAGUGCAGAGAGAGAGAAGGAUGAAGGGAAAGAGGCGCCUUAAAACAGCGGGAGAUGUUGUGGAAGAGAGAGGUGGAGGGAAGGGGGAAGAAGCGAAGAAGCAGGGGCGUACUGGUGUGAAGCAAAGUGCGGACAGCAUGGAAUGGCAUGCUGACUUUCCGUUCGAAGACAUCUCAGUGUCGAUGCUGCUUGCUGAAGCGGCCUCGUUCCAUUCCUCUCAGUAUACUGAUAAUCAUACACAUGCUGAGCUGGGGGGUGGUGGAAAGGGAGGGAAGGCGAAACAGCAGAGGAAGUCAUGUAUUGGGAGGCAGAGCAAGCAGCGGAGGAAAGGAGGGGCGGCUGGGGAUGAGUCUGAUAAGACUGGAGAGGUGGAGGAAGGUGCAGUGGAGGAUGGGGACGGGGCAGAGAAGGAUGGGAAGAAGGGAGGCUGUGAUGGUGGUGCUGGUUGUGGUGACGAUGAGUGGUGGGAAGAGGCAGGCAUUGGGUCGCAGCGAUACACACCUCCUUGUCCUCCCAGGCAACUCAAGAAAGUGCCUCCUUGCAAUAGCACGGAGACUAUGAGUGCACCGCAGCUGCUGGAGCAUCUCAAGCAGGGAUUGGGAUCACUAGGGCAGGUGGUGCACUGCGAGGAGCUGCCACAGAGGAAACCGCGCUAUGGCAAGCUGGCCAGCCAGUUAUGCCCUGCCACGUGGCACGCCUUGGCUCGUGCGGGCGUCUCCCAGCUCUAUUCCCAUCAGGUGAAGGCUAUUGGCGCGGCACUGGCCGGGCGGCAUGCAACCAUUGCGACGGCAACAGCGAGUGGCAAGUCGCUGUGCUACAAUGUGCCGGUCCUCCACACGCUGCUCUCCCACCCCCACGCCACCGCCCUCUACCUCUUUCCCACUAAGCUGUACGAGGGUGCAGUGUACCUGCAGCAGGGGCGAACCUUCCUGGUGACUUCCCUGGAUCUGGAGAAGCGGGAGGCACGGUGUGUGCGAGCGGAUGUGCGGUAUUACACCAAGACGAUUGACAUGGUCACUGUGACAAUAAAGGGGGGCACUCUGGCUUUUCCAUACCCACACAUGCCAUCAGCAAAGCCUGCUUCAGCUCCUACUGAUAUCAUGUCAGCACACACAGUGCUCAACGAGGCGAUGACCUCAGCAGCACAUGCAGCAGCAGCCUCUGAGCCAAUGACGUCAGCACACGUGGCAAAAGGCAGUGUGCUGACAUCAGCACAGACAGCGCCGUGUGAGGUGACGACUCGGUGGACUGGUUACCGCAAGAUGUGGCGCGGGUCAGGAGAGCCGUUUGAAACGGUUGAGAUGACACUGCCAGAUGUAACGUACGCCACCCAGGCAGUGUGGGUGGGCGUGGCGGGCGGGACAAAGGCGGCAGUGGAGGCAGCAGGGAGUGACUACCGUGCCAACGUAGCACUGCGCCACCUUCCCUUCUUCUGCUCCUUCUGUCCAUUGCCCCUUUUCUCAUCCCCUCGCACUUCUGCCUGCAUGCCAUCCACCCGUGCAGCUUCCUCGCCUGCAUGGCAUCAGACUGCGUUUCCCUUCUCUGCCCUCCAUCUGCUCCCUCUAUUCACCGCCCCUUCUCGGAUGAGGUUCACCCCCGGAUUAAGGUUCACCCCCGGAUGA